AGUGGGAGACAUGAUAUAAAGACUUGGUAACAGCGACCGAUUGGGAUAGACGGAUAUCGUCAUGUGGCAGUAUCGAGCGAUCGGCCUUUUGGCCUUACUACUUGCGACAUGUAUCCAUGCAAAAGAAAUAGAAUUGUUGCGUUUAAAACGCGGCAGUGGAGGGUCAUAUUCCUCCAGCAGUGCUAGCAGUUCUGCUAGUGCUGGCUCGUACGGCGGUAGCAGCUUCUCCAAAUCCGAUGCUCAAGCCGUUGGCAGUGCCUCGGCAGGUGCUCAGUCUUCGGCCCUAUCGAAUGCUGGUUCCGGUGGUUAUGGAGGCGGCGGUCAUGGCGGUGGCGGACAAGGUGGUUUCGGAGGCGGCAGUCAUGGCGGUGGCGGACAAGGUGGUUUCGGAGGCGGCAGUCAUGGUGGUGGCGGACAUGGAGGUUUCGAAGGCGGCAGUCAUGGUGGUGGCGGACAUGGUGGUUUCGGUGGUGGCAGCGGUGGAUCUCACGGCGGUUUUGGAGGCGGCAGCAGCGGUGGAUUUGGAGACGGCGGACAUGGAGGCGGCGGAUAUGGAGGCGGCGGACAUGGAGGCGGCGGUAGGGGUGGAUACGGAGGUGCCAAUGCUGGUGCUACUGCUGGAAGCGGUGGAUAUGGAGGAAGUGGUGGACUUGGCGGCGGGCAUAGCGGUAGCGGUGGAUAUGGUGGCGGCGGACACAGCGGUAGCGGUGGAUACGGUGGUGGCAGUGCCGGUAGCGGUGGAUAUGGUGGCGGCGGACAUGGCGGACACAGCGGUAGCGGUGGAUACGGUGGUGGCAGUGCCGGUAGCGGUGGAUAUGGUGGCGGCGGACAUGGCGGUGGAUAUGGCGGCAACGGUGGAUUCGGACAUGGCGGCAGUGGAGGUUACGGUGGUGGUAGUAGUGGUGGCGGUGGAAGUGGUGUUAAUAAAGUUAGUGGAGGUGGUGCUAGUGCUGGGUCGGGUAGCUACGGCGGAAGUUCCGGAACCGGAGGCUACGGAGGUGCUGGUGGUGGUCCCGGAGGUUACGGUGGUAGUUCUGGAGGCCAUGGUGGCAUUGGGGGAUCAGGUGCAGGAAGUUACGGUGGAGGUAGCACUGGUACUGGCGGUGGUUCUGGAGGCCACGGUAGUAGCGGCUCCGGAAGCUAUGGUGGUGGUUCUGGUGGUAGUUAUGGUGGGGCUGGUUCUACUGCAGGUAGUUACGGUGGAGGUGCUGGCGGUCAUGGUGGUGGUAUUGGUCCGGGAGGUGGUCACGGUGGUGGUAUUGGUCCGGGAGGUGGUCACGGUGGUGGACCUGGUGGUGGUGGUGUUGGAGGAGGCGUGUCUAAAGGUUCAGCGAAUGCUGCUGCGAAUGCUGGCGCUUCUGCUGGAGCCAGUGGAUUAGGUGGAGGAUAUGAUUCUGGUUUUGGCGGACCUGGCUUAGGAAGUGGACAUGGAGGAGGUCUAGGAGGUGGAUAUGGAGGUGGAUUAGGCGGUCGACCUGGAGGAAGUUUGGGCGGACAUGGAGGAGGUUUAGGCGGUGGACAUGGAGGUGGAUUAGGCGGUGGACAUGGCGGAUAUGGAGGCGGAGGUCUAGGAGGUGGAUGCGGUCCCGGAGGAUGCGGUGGCGCUAGCGGUAUAGCUAAUGCCCAAGCAAGUGCAAAUGCAAAUGCUGGUGCUGGAGGAUAUGGAGGCCAUGUUGGUCACGGAUCCGGACCGGGAGUAGAUCUAUUCUCUCGUAUCAACACAGACGAAGAUACGGGCCAGAGUGGUACCGUUGAAGGUGCAAAAGGUGUCUAUAGCAGCAGCGCGGCGAACAUAGACAGUACCGGCAAAGGUACUUAUUCCGUGAAAGCGGGCAAAAUUCCGGCGUAAAGUGCAUUUAAUUUUCGACUCAAUAUUUGAAAUUAAAUAUUGUUUCGCUAAAAAUUCUUUCAACGCUCAAAAAGCGCAGCUGUGAUUAAAAUUGCAUCGUAUUUUGACAUAAACAUAGUUACGCGAUAAAUAAGAUCUAUAUUUUAUUUAUUAUCCAACUGCCAAGAAUAAAACUGUGGCGUUUGAAAUAAAUUCACGGAAUUAUAGAAAA